AUGGUUGUAAAUGCACCAGAAACUCCUAUACAAGCCGAAAUAAUAUUUGUUAUAGAAGCUACAGCAGCAAAUAGUGCCUAUAUAAGUGAAUUAAAAACAAAUUAUAUAGUGCCAACGCUAGAAUAUUUCCAUGGUGGUGCCCUGGAAGAAGGUGCUGGCAGUGGUUCAGUAUAUGGCAUAGUUGCAUACAAGGCAGCUGAUUGUCAUCCGGGUCCUCCCGUUUUAACCUUUGGUCCCUUAACAUGCCCUCAAAAUGUAAUUGAAACUGUGGAUAAAAUACAAUACAUAGGCGGUCAUGCUGAGAAUCGUGCUUGUGUGACUGAGGCCCUGACAACAGCACUAGCGUGCUUUGAUGAGUUGGGUCGCACGGAUUUACCAAUACAUAUAUUAUUGUUAUGUUGCUCGCCGCCUUAUUCUGCAUAUGCUGGAGGAUUGGUUCCACCAGGUGCUCCAGCGACCAUAGAGCAAGCAGCUCGUUUAGUGGCCGAGCGAGGUGCACAACUUUCUAUAGCAUCUGCGAAGCGGUUGCCCGCUUUGAUGGCACUCUAUGAGCAUGCAGGCGGCGAAAUUCAUCAAGCACAACAGAGGAACUAUGCCAAGGAUCCGCGCCACCUAGUGUUACUGCGAGGAUACAGUUUGAAGGAGAGACCGCCCAGCCCAGCCCCGCCGCCUGCCCCGGACAUUCAACCAGACAUGUAUGGGCAGCAGCGCGGCGGCCUGGGCGCGGCGGGCGGGGCGGGCGCGGCGGGCGGGCCGCGGGCCGUGGCGGGCGCGUACCCGCGCGCGGCGGCCGUGCGCGCGGGCUGGCUGGCGCCGCUGGCGCAGCGGCAGCCGGUCUACGCCAACAACUCCGCGCUGCUCACGCAGCUCGCGCAGCCCUCCUACCCGCCGCCGCCGCCCGCACACGCCGCACAGGCGAAUAUGCAGCGCAUGCCGGGAAUGGUGGCGGGCCCGUCGGGUGCUGGGGCUGCGCCGCUGCAGCGCACGUACAUCUGGAGCGGCGUGCUCGAGUGGAUGGAGAAGGGCAAGGCGCCCGGCGACCAGCAGAAGGUCACCAAGCAUCUGCCGUGUCAGGUGUCAGCCAAUUCAAAAGACAUAGAGCCCGAGUUAAAGGUUGACACGUGGCCGAACAAGUUGCUGAUGCAGUUGAUGCCGAAGCAGCUCAUCAGCAACAUCGGAGGCCAGUAUCUCAAGGACAGCAAGUCGGUGUUAUUCCACUUGCAGCCCAAUGAGGCGCUUGACGCUCUUACCAAGGUCAUGGUCAACGGCUUUGCCGGGUGCGUUCAUUUCUCUCCUAUGUCAUCGCCCCCGCAGUGCGACAUCAAAGUGCUGAUACUUCUGUACACUCCAGAUAAGAAAGCCUAUCUCGGUUUCAUACCCAACAACCAGGCGACCUUCGUUGACAGACUUCGAAAAGUAAUCCAGCAACAGAAAAUCACACAGAUAAUUAAUAAACAGAUGCCCGCAGCAGUGAGUGCUGCUGGUGCGAUGGGCGGGAAUAUGAGCACAGCGACCAUGGCCGGUGCAGGUGGGAUGCAGUCUGGAGGUAUGGGCGGCGCGGGUGCGCUGGGCGGCGCGCUGCAGGGCGUGGGCGUGGGCGUGGGGCAGAUGGCCGUGCCCGGGCCCAGCCAGGGCAUGGUGCAGCCGCAGAUGCAACAACACAAUCAGAAUAUGAUGAUGGGAAACAGUAUGGGUGGACAAGUUGGCGGCGUUGCGGGCGUUGGAGGAGUUGGCGUGGGCGGCAAAGGUCCCAGACCUGUUACACAGCUGGACGGCCUGGAGGCUGCACGACAACAAAACCUCGAGAAAAUACAGCAUCUGCAACAAACUUUGGAGGCGGCGCACCAGCAAGAGGCACAGUUCAAGUCGCAGAUGGACAUCAUGUCGCAUUUGCAUGCCGCUCAACAACAGGAGCAGCACUAUAAACAGUUGGAGGAGCAGCAGCGCAAGCAGCAGCUGCAGCAGCAGUUGCAGCAGCAGCUGCGCGGCGCGCCCGGACACCCGCCGCGCGUCAUGCACACGCUCAACCAGGGCCUGCGCAACCUGCUGCAGCAGCCUCAGUACAGGCCGCAGGGUGGCGCGGUGCGUCCGAGCUCGCAGACGCAGCAGUUCGACGACGUCUCCAACUACAAUGACUUUCUAUAA